CGGUGGCGGAGCCCAAGAUUUACCGGGAAUAAAAUAUCAUGUUAUCCGUGGUUAUAUUCGUGCUGAUGCUGAGGGAGUGAAAGAAAGAAAGCAAGGUCGUUCCCUCUACGGAACCAAGAAAGAAAAAAUGCUUGCAGUUAUAACAUCCACUGUUUUAAUUGUAAAUAAGAAUAAAGAAAAGUCCUCUCCGCAACUUCCGAGGGGAGAUAAUUAUUCAAAUGAUAAUUCAAAUUUAGCAGAAACCAAGACUCAAAAAAUUACUUUUCUGGAAUUAGAGUUGAAAUAUAUUAACGGAGCAACUACUCCCGAAGAGUUAGAAAUUAGAGAAAAAAAUAUUCAGGCUGCCGUUAGCAAAUUAAAAGAAGAUAAAAACUAUCCUGACCCUAUAAAAGAAUCAGGAGUAAAGUUAGAAGGAGUAGGAGAGGAUGAAUUAAAAAAAAUAUCUGAUUAUGGUAAGGUUCCAGGAAUAGAAACAGAAACAAACCCCAAUAUAGUUAAACUUAAAGAUUAUUUUCAAAUACCAGCUAGUGGGCAAGGUAAUUGUUUUUUAUAUGCUUGGUCAGUUUUCUUAACCGGUCGCAGUGACGAAAAUGUGCAGCGGGCUUUAAGAGUAGCAAUAGUUCUUUGGAUGAUGAAUAAUUUUGAAACGGCUUCUCAUGGCCCAACAGUAGCCAAUCUUAAAAAAGAAAUAGUCGAUGACCAACUCGCUUAUAAUUACAAACAAUUGGAGGACUAUCAUAUUAAAUUUCUAGAGCCAGUUUUAGAUAGGAGGCUUGGUUUAUUAAGCAAAGUUCCGUCAAAUUAUCACAUAGGAACAAAUUUUCAGUAUCUCAAUCGUGAUACCUUAGGCACUUUCUUAACUUCUGCCAAAUAUGACAACGGUGGCGAAACUUGGAUUAUUUAUAACAGUGGCGAAGAUAAAUUAUCACAAUGGUUAACAAAAAGGCGAUUAAAUGAUGAGCCUCUAUUUUUUCCGGAUGCUCAAAUAAAAAUUUCCAACCCUCUCAAUAAUACUAAUACUCAACAAUUUAUCAAACAAUUAGCCGAACGCGAAGGCGUAUCCGAAGAAAAAAUUAAGGAAGUAAUUAUCGAUUCCUUUCGAAAAUCCUAUUGCCAAGGAGAAAAGUUAGGAGCCGAAUUACAUUUUGAAUUUGACUCAGGACUGUCAGUUUAUCGUCUUUAUAAGAUAGUUAAAACCAUUAAUGACUCCGAAAAAGAAAUAACCAAAGAUAAUGAAUUAUUAAAAGAAGGGCAAAUAAAAGAUGACAAUUUUCUUCUCCCUCUGGAUAUCAAAAAUUUAUCUCUCUCGCUUAAUCAAGAGAUUAAAAGUCGCUUGCUUAAGGAGGUAAGAGAGAAACCCACUGAGGAUACUCCACAAAUUAUUUUGACUCGUUCGGAUGAUUUAUUUAUUCGCAAGUUGUUAGAACAGGAAAUCCCCCAAAUAAAAAACAGAACUAUUGCCAUUCAUAGUGUUUUGCGUUUACCAGGAUUAAUAAGUAAAGUAGUGGUGGAGAAAGGCAAAAAAGCGAUUGAAGAAGGAUUAAAUAUUGAUCCAGCCGGAACUUGUAUUGGUGAAAGGGGCGAAAGAGCCAAAUCUGUUUCCCGAAUAGUUAUUCGCAUGUCUGUAUUGGAAGAAAGCGAGAGAAAUGAUAUUUUAGAAAAUAAAGGUCAAAUAUUACAAGAAAUCGAAAUAAUUCGCCGUGAUAUUCUAAACUCCACCAAUGAAUUUAAAAAUAAAACUCUUUAUUUGGCAAACGAAAACAUAACUGCCGUGGAGUUGGGAGAAAUUAUUGGUAAAUCGAUUAUUCAAGAAUACUUGAAAAAAAGCAAGCAAAAAGGGCAAUUAAUUGCUCGUCCACCCAUUGUUAGUAUUAUGGGUCAUAUCGACCACGGCAAAACUACUUUAUUAGAUACCAUUCGCCAAACCCAAGUCCAAAAAAAAGAGGCUGGGGGAAUAACCCAGAAAGUUAGUGUUUCCCAAGUAGAAUUUCAGGGGCAAAAAAUUACUUUUUUAGAUACCCCAGGACAUAGUGAUUUUAUUAAAAUGCGGCAAGGGGGGAUUUCCUUAACUGACUUAGUAGUAUUGUCACAUGAAACUAACAAUGAAAAUAAUUUAAGUCGAAUUAAAGCUAAUUCUGACUCCCCAGCCCACGGAGUAAUAAUUGAUAGUUAUCUGCAUCCCCGAACCGGUACCCGAGUAAAUGAAUUAUUGAUUCAAGACGGAAAAUUGAAAGAGAAAGAUAGCAUUUUCCUUAACGGAAAUUUUGGAAAAAUCAAAAUGAUAUCUGAUGUUCAUGGCCAGAAAAUCACCACUGCUUAUCCGAGUGAUGUAGUUCAAGUUGUUGGCCUAAAUGUUUCGGCUGAAUUAGGAGAUGGGUUCUUAGUGAUAAAUGACGAAAAAACUAUUGCCGAAGUAGAAAAUGAAUUAACCAAUUACUGGGAAAAAAAGAAGAAAUCAACCCCCCCCCCCCCCAGCCAGAAAAAAAAUAUCAAUCUGGUUCUGAUUGCCGAUAGCCAAAAUAGUCUAGAAGCCCUCAUAGAAUUAAUAAAAAAAAAAACUACUUCUAAUUUAAACUUUUCCAUCGUUUACACCGAAGUAGGAAGUUUGAACAACUUUGCUCUUGAAUUAACAAAAGUCACUAACAGCAUAGUUCUAAUGUUUAGCUAUCAACCUUCCAAGGCCCAGACAAAAAUUCUGAAAGAAGAUGGCAUUUCUUUUUUUAAUAGUAAAAUUAUUUAUGAGAUUGAAGGAAAAUUAGACGAAAUUAUCGGCAGCCAGCAAGAAGUAGAGGAAGUUGAGGAAAUAGUGGGAACAGCAACAGUGAAAGUAGUUUUUGAAUUUUCCAAAGGCAAUAUUGCUGGUUGUCAAGUAAUCAGUGGCAAGAUUAACCGUAAUAAACGAGUUUAUGUACUUCGCGGGAAAGAAAAAAUUUUUGUGGGCGAAAUUAAAAGUUUAGAAAGUAAUAAGGUAGAAAAAAAUGAAAUCAGCAGCGGUCAAGAAUGUGGGAUUGUCCUGAAAAGAUUUGAUAAUUUUAAAGAAGGAGACAAAAUAGUAGCCUUUCAAAUAGUAAAGAGAAAUGUUAUUCAGCAAAAAUAA